AUGGAAUCACCAGAGAAGGCUUUAGAGAUGUAUUCCCAAAAGAAUUUUUCAAAAGACAUUACAAUAAGUGAUAGCCUUUCUUCUAUUUCUCGUAGAAAACUAGAAUUAAUUAAAGCCUCAAGAACAAAUAGAGAAAAAAAGAGUUUCCAACAAUUACUUUGUAUUGGAUUACUUUCACAACACGUAUCUUUAGUUAUAAAAUUACCCAUUAAGAAGUCACAUGUUACAAUGGAAUUUAUUAAAGUCAAAAAUAUUCAUUUCAAAAAUGGAGAAGACCUUGAGAUAGAAAACUUUAUCAUUAAAAGGUGUAAUGAAAUUUAUAAUUAUGAUAUUGCAAAUGGAAUUCCAUUAAAAACAGCUCAAAGAAGACUUGAAGUAAAUAAAAAGAUAGAGACUAUCCACUUUCUUCAAGACAUUCUUUUAGAUUAUGGGUACUUCUUUACUUUGGCCACUGAAAAAGGAAAGAAAUCAACAAAUAAACUUAAUUAUAUUACUGAAGUUUUCAAAAAUGGGAAAUGUAUUCUUUCAAAAGAUCAAUUACUGCCAUAUAUUAAUUCAUUAAGAUCCACAGUUAAAUCAAAAGUAAUGAACCAUCAUGGGUACUUCAAAGUUGAAUCCCCACUCAAUCCAAAUAAUGCUGAAUAA